UCUAUAAAACUUUCACUCUGAAACUCAUGCAAUUGAAUUGUCUUUUGGAAUAAUGGAACUCGUUUUGAGCAGAAAUGGACUAUUCUCUUCACUUGCGCGCGAACACAAACAGGUUUUGCCUGUGUGUGUGUGUGCGUUGAGUGUGUGUAUGUUGUUCCGAGAAGUGUGUUUUUCUCUUCUUCAACUGGAGUGAAUGUUAAGCGUCUGUCGUUCGUCAUGUCGACGGUCUGAUGAAGUCGAUGAAGGGAUUUCACACAGGGAAUCAAUGACACUUGCGAUUUAAAUUGGUGUAAAUAUGGCUCAUCGUUCCCAGUGCUCCUCUACCGGGGACAACCCCCUGGACCCCAACUACCUGGCCCCUCACUACCGUGAGGAAUACCGAAUGGCUAUCGACGCCCUGGUUGACAAUGACUUGGAUGGCUACUAUGGGUUUCUUCAGGAAGUAAAUGUGGUUGAUUUCUUAUCCCGUUCAGAGAUUGAGUAUAUCAGAUGCAUGGUGCAAGCUCCACACCUGACCGCACAACUAGAGAGGAGAUGCAUGGCUGAAGAUGUAGAUGGCUCUUCUGACACUUACUGGCCGGUACAUUCAGACCAUGAUGCUCCGAACCUGGACUUGGGCUGGCCACAGCAAUACAGAUUUGUUGGACCAACUGAGGUGACUACAUUGGUGAACCCGCAUGACCCCGAGAUGCCUAGUAUCAAAGAGCAAGUCCGCAGGAUGAUCAAGACUGCACAGCAAGUUAUCGCUGUGGUGAUGGAUAUGUUUACAGAUGUUGACAUCUUUGCUGAUAUCCUGGGUGCAGCAACACGUGGUGUGGCUGUUUAUGUUCUUCUUGAUGAACUGAAUGCUCAACAUUUUGUUUCGAUGGUGAACAACUGUAGAGUGAAUCUGGAUGAGAUAAAAUUCAUGCGGGUAAGAACUGUGUCUGGAAGUACCUAUUCCUGCCGCACAGGAAAGACAUUUAAAGGUCAGAUGAUGGAUCGCUUCAUACUAGUAGACUGCAGAGCUGUUUUAAGUGGCAACUAUAGCUUCAUGUGGUCUUUUGAGAAGAUACAUCGCUGUCUUGCUCAUCUGUUUCUGGGACAGCUUGUGACCACCUUUGAUGAAGAGUUUCGGAUUCUGUAUGCCCAUUCAGAGCCAUUGGUUGUUGAAAAUGUUUUGGCAAAUAUGCCACACUAUGCUGGGGAACCUGAAGGCUUCUACAACACAGAAAAGACCCACAUGUUUAACAGACAAUAUCCAACUAUGGGCAUGGAAUGGGCCGAACGCACAGGAGAAGACCACAUGAAAGUGGGUCAAAAAAUGUUACCCUUUAGGAAUGAAUCCAUCCACAGUGCAGCAGAAGCAAAUCCUUCUGUUCAGAGGCACAUGAACCUGCAUGCUGAUCUACCAUAUAGAGGGGACCAUCAAUCUUUAGAGCAUGGAAGGCAAAAGAAAGGACCAACUGAAAUGGUUGGCUUCAAAAGGAAUAGCUAUGGAAAUAUACCUGAUUAUGAAUACUUGCCUCCUCAAAACAUUCCAAUGAUGAGAGGAAAACAGUACAUGGAGGGAGCUGUGCUCCAAGGCUCUCAAUUUGCAAGGGAACCACUUAUUUACCAGGGAGCUGAAUUUCAAUCUGGUUAUGACAUGUAUGGGAAGCUUAGAGGCCAAAGCCACCACAUUGAUCAGUUUACAGGGCCUGGCUACCCUCAUGAGGGAGAUGAGGCUGAACCAACUGGAGCUUAUGACCAUGUUCAAAGAUACCUGCAGUCUCAAUCUGCUAUGGAGGAAGGACCAGGUCCAAGAAAUGUAUUGUCACCUGUGCAGUCCGAUAUUAAGAGACAUAACAUGGGUCAGUCUUAUACCUGUCAGAGCUCGCCGAAACAACCAAACCUGCCAGAACAGAAACGUUUUUUUAAUGUAAACCACAAACCACAGGAUAUGAGUCAAAAGCAAGGUAUGCGGGACUGGAGGAUCAGCUCAUACCUUAGUGCAUUUGAUGAUGCAGGAGAACUGGAUUUAGCUGAACUUGAAGGAUCCAGCACAUGUGGUGAUGUUCCAUGUUUUACACAGGAAGCUCCUUGUGGUCCUGUGCGUCCAGAAAUUAGACCAGGAAACAGAGAGUUUAACAGGAUACCUUCACCUAGGGAAAAUCCCUUGUUUGUCCAGAUUCCGAAUAGUUGUAUUGUGCCUGACAAUUCAGUUAAUCAUCCAACAGACUUAUCACAAAUAAAUAUCAAAACAACACCAACAUCAACUUCAGAGUCUUCUUGCACCACUGAGGGUGACAAAGUGGAGGAGACGAAGAAUAGAGAAUCUAAAGAGACAAACCGGAUUAGUGAAGACUUCCUCAAGAAGAAACCCAGCCGACCUUUCCAAAGGAGUUCCAGACUGAGACACUCACUGAUAUUCAAUUCAAAUUUAGAGUUGCAUAUGUCAGAUGAGAUGAAAGAUACUGUGGGAGAAAAAGAGGGGGAUGAAGCUUCAAAAGAUUCUCGUGUGUCACACAUCUUGGACAAAAGGAGGACUGGUUCUCCAUUUCAACGAUUUCAGUGGAGCGAUUUUGCAAAGUCAAACACAUUUGAUAACUCUCAGAUAGAGUCUGCACAACCUGAAGAUGAACUGAACAAAUUGGGUGAGAAUUCUGGUUUAGAUAAGGUUGAAAACUCCCAAAAUCUCUGUCCUCUGCAAGAAAAAGACCAACUUCAAACAGCAGUUCCUGAAAGAAAAAGCCAAAGGGAUGAAUGCCCAUCUAAUCAAUUGCAAAAGUCAUCUUCUUUCAUCGAUAUGAACGACCCUGACUGUAGACUGAGGUAUUUCAAAGAGUUGGCAGCCAAACGCAAACUUGCAGCAGCAAAGGUUUCUCAGAGCAAUCCGGUGAAAGCCACCCAAAAAUUUGCACUAUCAGAAAAAUCUUCCACUAAUGACGCAGAUAAAAAUGCUGGGCCUGUUGUCAAGACCCCAGAAACUACACUCAAGUCAAAAAAUAACACUGUCCCAGCACCAGAGAUCAAAGAAACCCAUAAAGACACUAUAUUUGAGGAAUCAAGUAAAGACAUCCUGCAUAGAGCUACUGAUGCUGAAAAAAUCAGAUUUAAGAAAAAAAUGGCAGAAGAAUCUGGCUCAACUUUAAAAAAAACCCAAAAAGACACUGAUCCAACUCUAAAACCUGUUGAAGAGGUAAGAACAGUAUCUAUUGCUAAAAACCAGACAUCCCCCAUUUUAAAACAUUUUGCUCAAAAGCCUUCCUGUGCUUUGUCUGGUAAGUCCUCCGAUCCUGGUAUAAGUUCAUCCUCAGAACCUUGUUCAAAAAACUCCCUUCCUACAGCCAGUGCUACAUUGGAGGUGAAAAAUCAAGCAGAAUAUGUUGCAUCCAAUACUCCCUUAACAGAAUCUGGCCUCAACCAAUUUCACAUUCCAAAAGAAACAGACCACUCCCAUGCUGUUCAGACAAAGUGUAUGUCACCAUCUAGCACCACUAUUGCACAGAGCUCACCCAAUAUUUCUAGCAGAGAUAAUGUAUCUCUAGAUUUUAAUUCAAAACCAAACCUUGCAAUUGUAGAUACUAGUGUACCCUCAAAACCUGACCACAUACAUGCCUCCUCCCCAGUGAGGGAAAGUGGGCCUUCCCAAAAACCUACUUCAACAGAUGGAGACUCUUCUCAACACCUUCCCACAUCAGAGACAGACUGUUUUCAGCAGCUUACUGCAUUGGGAGAGGAAUCUUCUCAGCAUCCCACUGCUACAGAAAGUGAAACUUCACAAAACGUCCCCAUUAAAACAGUAGCAGGUGCUUUCCAACAGCCAAUUGCAAGAGAAUGUGAAUCGUCACAUCAUUCCACUGCAAAUGAAACAGCCUCCUCUAAACAGCCUACUGAAACAGGGGAAGACUCUCAACUCCCUGCUAAAAAUGGGACAGACUUUACCCAAGACUCCAAUGUAGUGGAAAGUGAAAUCUCCAAACAACGCCAUGUAAUGGGGACAGACCCAGCAAGAAAUGAACCUUCCCAACAGUGCAUUGCCACAUCUUCAGACUCUUCGAAACACUCCCCUGCAAUGAGGGCAAAAUCUUCCCAAAACCCCUCUGCAGCAGAAAUGGACUUUUCUCAGCAGUCCACUACAUCAGUGGUAGACUCUUCCCAACACCACACUCCAAAAGAAAGUGACUUUUACCCCAAACCCACUGCAACAGGUGCAGAACAUUUCAAACAGACUACUCUAUCAACCACAGACCCUUCCCAGCAUCUCUCUACAACAGUCACAGACUCUUCCCACCAUCUCACCGUAACAGUCACAGACUCUUCCCAGCAGCCCACUGCAACAGUCACAGACUCCUCCGUGCAGCCCACUGCAACAGUCACAGACUCUUCCCAGCAGCCCACUGCAACAGUCACAGACCCUUCCGUGCAGCCCACUGCAACAGUCACAGACUCUUCCGUGCAGCCCACUGCAACAGUCACAGACUCUUCCCAUCAUCUCACUGCAACAGAAACAGCCCCUUCCGGGCAGCCCACUGCAACAGAGACAGACUCUUCCCAGCAGUCCACUGCAACAGAGACAGACUCUUCCCAGCAGCCCACUGCAACAGAGACAGACUCUUCCCAGCAGCCCACUGCAACAGUCACAGACUCUUCCCAGCAUCUCACUGCAACAGAAACAGCCCCUUCCGGGCAGCCCACUACAACAGAGACGGACUCUUCCCAGCAGUCCACUGCAACAGAAACAGCCCCUUCCGGGCAGCCCACUACAACAGAGACGGACUCUUCCCAGCAGUCCACUGCAACAGAAACAGCCCCUUCCGGGCAGCCCACUACAACAGAGACGGACUCUUCCCAGCAUCUCACUGCAACAGAAACAGCCCCUUCCGGGCAGCCCACUACAACAGAGACAGACUCUUCCCAGCAGUCCACUGCAACAGAAACAGCCCCUUCCGGGCAGCCCACUACAACAGAGACAGACUCUUCCCAGCAGCCCACUGCAACAGUCACAGACUCUUCCCAGCAGUCCACUGCAACAGAGACAGACUCUUCCCAGCAGCCCACUGCAACAGUCACAGACUCUUCCCAGCAGCCCACUGCAACAGAAACAGCCCCUUCCCAGCAGUCCACUGCAACAGAGACGGACUCUUCCCAGCAGCCCACUGCAACAGUCACAGACUCUUCCCAGCAUCUCACUGCAACAGUCACAGACUCUUCCCAGCAGCCCACUGCAACAGUCACAGACUCUUCCCAGCAUCUCACUGCAACAGAAACAGACUCUUCCCAGCAGCCCACUGCAACAGAAACAGACUCUUCCCAGCAGCCCACUGCAAUAGUCACUGACUCUUCCCAGCAUCUCACUGCAACAGAAACAGACUCUUCCCAGCAUCUCACUGCAACAGAGACAGACCCUUCCGGGCAGCCCACUGCAACAGUCACAGACUCUUCCAAGCAUCUCACUGCAACAGAAACAGACCCUUCCGGGCAGCCCAUUGCAACAGUUACAGACUCUUCCCAGCAUCUCACUGCAACAGUCACAGACUCUUCCCAGCAGCCCACUGCAACAGUCACAGACUCUUCCCAGCAUCUCACUGCAACAGAGACAGACCCUUCCCAGCAGCCCAUUGCAACAGUCACAGACUCUUCCCAGCAUCUCACUGCAACAGAAACAGACUCUUCCCAGCAUCUCACUGCAACAGAGACAGACUCUUCCCAGUAUCUCACUGAAACAGAGACAGACUCUUCCCAGCAUCUCACUGCAACAGUCACAGACUCUUCCCAGCAUCUCACUGCAACAGUAACAGACUCUUCCCAGCAUCUCACUGCAACAGUCACAGACUCUUCCCAGCAGCCCACUGCAACAAUCACAGACUCUUCCCAGCAGCCCACUGCAACAGAAACAGACUCUUUCCAGCAGCCCACUGCAACAGAGACAGACUCUUCCCAGCAUCUCACUGCAACAAAAACAAACUCUUCCCAGCAUCUCACUGCAACAGUCACAGACUCUUCCCAGCAGCCCACUGCAACAAUCACAGACUCUUCCCAGCAGCCCACUGCAACAGAGACAGACUCUGCCCAGCAGCCCACUGCAACAAUCACAGACUCUUCCCAGCAGCCCACUGCAAUAAUCACAGACUCUUCCCAGCAGCCCACUGCAAUAAUCACAGACUCUUGCCAGCAGCCUACUGUAACAGAGACAGAUUCUUCCCAGAAGACCACCAAAACAGCCACAGACUCUUUGCAUCAACACAUUGCAAAAGAUAAUGAUUUGUCCCAGCAACUCACUGUUACCGAAAGGGAAUCAUCCCAAAACUCCACUAAAAUUACGGUAGACACUUCCAAACAUCCUAUUGAAACAGAAAAUGAAUCCCUUCUCACUGCAACAGUCUCUUGUGUGAAUGAGAAAAAGAAAAAAGAUGAUAAUUUAUCCAAAGCCUUCAGCAAACCCAUUCCAGAUUCUAACAGUACUCAGGCAGACAAUAGCAUAUCUCAAAUUACAGUCAUUAUAGACUCAAGUUCCACAACUGAGCUUUCCCAAACUGAUACUGUUCCACCUUGUGACAGCCAAGUGGAACUAAACAAAACACAAACAUGGACCAAACCAUGUGUAACUCCUAUGGUAAAAGACACAGAUAGUAAUGCUUUAACUAGUCUCAAUUCAUCUAGCAUAUCAUCAAACCCAAAGGAAUCUAGUUGUCUACAUGACCAAAUACUAGUUGAGUGCCAAAAGAAUGAGACCAUUACAGAUCACUCUCAGAGGCAUGACACUUCGGCUAUAGCUGAAGGGCCCAAGAUAACUCAGGUUUCUACAACCCUAGACCCUAAACAAACAACAACAGAGGUGGAAAACUCUGUGAUUAAUUUAGCAGAGGUUUCAGAAAAUUCAGAUUUGACUGUACAAAGUAAUUCAGAAAGUCAGUCUUCUGUUGCAAAGAAUCCAAAAUCAAUCAUGUCCGCUCAUCAGUUAUCUACUGCAAAUGUUAUCUCGUGCAGCAACCUUAGAGAUGACACUAAAGUUCUUUUGGAGCAAAUUUCAGCAAAGAACCAACGCAGAUCAUCCCAGUCCAAGCAGACUCUUGCUGCACCUAAUGAAUCCAAAGAGGGUGAGGUUAGCUCUGCAGAUAAAGUGUUCUCAAAUCAUCCGGGAAGGCCCUGGUCCUCCAAGACUACACCAGAAGAACGGGACAUGUUAAUCCAGAAGAUGGAGAAAAUGAGGAAAGAGAGGAAGGUCUACAGCCGUUUUGAGGCCUCAUAAUUUGAACCAUUGGAAGAGUAAAGGUAAAGGAACAAUACGAGGGAAGCGAUUUUGUUGUCUUACCUCAAAACUGUGAUUUUGCACUGAUUAUACCAAAGAUUGCUGCCGCUUGAAAGGAUGGAUAUCCCUGCAAGACUUAACAGAUGAACUGCCUGACAAAAAAAA